AUGAAAGUGGCUGCAGUUAAACGGCAAUACAGAAAACAGAGUGCUAACCGUAGAUCGGAUAUUAACAGUAAAACUCAUAUGCAGAGGAAAGUGGUAUUAACUAGAAAACGCAGUGAACCUAUCAAAAGUGCAAUCACCAGAGGUAAUCCUAGUCAGAGACGUAAAAAAGCUGUAUCUCGCCCGCGGAAAAAUGCACAGAGUAAAUCCAUAAUGAAUUCAAAUUUCAAACGAAGACGUAUGAUUAAAAAAAAUGUGAAGACAUCGUUAUCUUCUUCUGUCUAUAAAAACAAGAAAGACAGGCUAGCAAUUAGUCCAACUAUAAAGCAGAAAACUAGAGGUGUAUAUUCAAACAUUUCUAAAAUCCAUCCUCUAGAACAAAAGUCUUCUCGAAAGAAAGGCGUGAAAAAUCAUCCCAUUUCUACAAAAAGCAACAUGCAAGCUAAUUUCAAGACAUUGCAGUCAGCAGAACGCAUGACAAAAUCGAAACUACGAAACAGUAACAUUAUCAAAGAUUCAACGCAAAAGGCGAUCUUAAAUUCCAAAAGUUCUCAAAACUCUCCUGAGAACAUACCAAUAUAUUAUCUGAACUACAAUUUCCAAAAUGGUAAUGCCGUUAGAAUGCCAGUCAUAUAUGAAUACCAUGUAGUGCUACCUCCGGAAGUGGACAGAGUUAUUCCACUGCCACAUAACAAAGGAUUUCUUGUGCCUAUAUCUAUUUUUGUGUUUUCUUCUGGGCGUUUUGUCUACAAUCCCACAAUCCUUCGUCGCCAUCCUUCUUUACUUUCUCAUAUCCGUUUAGCUAGACAACGUGGAAUUCUUCUUCAGCCUGUUCCACUGAAACGAGACACAAGCCAUAUUAAACAACUAUCUUCAUUUCUUGAUACCCGCUCUCAUCGCUUUGACGAUAUCAUAUUUGACAAUAGUGUACACAACGAUCGGCUGAAUGGUGUGAUUCCACUAGAAAUGCACGAUCAAGCUCCAACAUCACGUUUCCUUGGUGAUGACCGUAAAAAAACUGUAAGCAAAUCUCAAAAUUUAAUGAAGGGAAACUUUAAUACUUUAGACAUGCGUCAAGAUCAAAAUCGACGUUUAGCACAAAUUAGAGACGUGCAAUCAAAACGUGAUAUCUUAAACAAUAUACAAAACCUAAUACUGAAUUCCUCUAAUGUCCACCGUACUGACAGACGUAAACCAGAUCUUCAAUUCCAGAAUUUAAAAGUAAUUUCAAACAGAGACUUCAUAGACAAGAGCAACAACAUAAGGAAAACUUUCCAUCCUGAUUGGAUUCCAGAUUUGGACUUGUUCAGAAUGUUAACAGGCAAUCAAAACUUGUUUGGGAACCGGCCAUCAAACGCCAUGUUAAAAAGUCAGUUCCAGAAAACAUUACGAAAAAGUCGCAUAGAUCUACACAACACUAUAUCAAGCAUUCCGUUAGAUUCCAAGUUCGACUUGAAGACUAAUAACCUGGCCCGCCCACUGCCAGAUAUCCCCGGCCCGUUGUCUUUGAGAAGGACAACCAGCAGUAAGAGCCCAUUUUUACAUUUCACUGGCCUUCAAAAAGGCCCAGUUGCCUUUCCAUUUAGUAGAGUUUCUGAUGGCAUUACAAGGCUGUUACCAGGAUCAUUACAAUCUAAUGGCGCCCCAAACAUGUUAACAGGAUCUUUACAAUCGAAUACUAGAACAAAUUUUGAGACGUCGGAGAACUCGGUUGCCAUUCCAUCUGGCAGGUCAGCUGCCUUUAAUUUGACAAGAUCUAUAACAGGCUCAUCGAUUAAUAAAAAUCCAAAAGAUCUGAUUUCUGAAUUACCAAAUAUUGUUAUACCAAAUGAUACUCCUCUACCAGAACAAAACAAGGUUACCUUGAGUUUUCGAGGUGUUUCUGUGAGAAAGUCAAUACCACAAGGAAAUAAUGCAGUCAAGUUUGAUCAGAUACCGCCAAAUCCAUUAGAGCAAAGGGGUAGCUCGAGAUCAACAAUUGGACUUAAACACAAUAUAAUCGAACAUUCAAUUGGUCGUACUGGUUCAAACACAAGAAAGCCACAAAAUUCAGAUGGACUCGCUGAUUCAAAAACAACAAAAACGCAAGAAAAUUCCAUGAAAGACAAUGGAAGAGCACGAAAGAAUUUAGGAAUUUCUAUUGAAAAUAACAAAAUGCAAACUGGAUUCAACCAAGAAAUAUUGAAAAAUCAAGGUUCCUUUAAGUACAGGACAUUUUUCAACCUAUCUCCAAGGUUUUUUAAAACUGGAUCUAGUGCUGAUAGUACUGGUGUUAUUGGAAUUAUUGAAGGCAAGACCAAAGUGUACCCUAUCCCUAUAUUUCCAGGGGCCAUCAGUGGAAAAAUAGGGGAACCUAUUUAUCCUCAAACAAAUAUCGGAAUGGAUAUUUUUAAUGGGCAAGAAUUUAGUCCGUUUUUGGAUCCGACUACUAAUCUUCCUGUGGGGUUUACUGUGACGAAAUUCGAUAAUCAAGUAGGUGGUAUUGUUGAUUUGGUUAAGGUUGAUAAAUCGAAGACUGAUGAUGACAAUCAGCAGGUCGGAGCUGCUACAACAGAAAACAAAAAACGUAGAAAUGGGAUGAUUGGUCUUUUGAAUGAUGACAUCAUUAUUGAUGAGAUAGUGACUGUCCUACGCAGGACGAAAGAAUCUUUAGGCCCAAAUGAGAACGAGUUAGUGAUUCCACCAAGGAUAAUUGGACCAGAGAGUAGAGCCAAUAUAUUUAGAUAUUUAAAAAGUCUGAAAACAAAGCACCCCAACAGCAAAUCCAGCAAUGACAAACCUCCUUCGAAUUUGAUAAAACUCUUGAAAAAUCCCGUUUUUGUUCGUUACAUAAAGAAGAAAACCCACAGAACAACCACCAACACCAUGAACAUUCCAGCGACAAGAAAUAUCAGUCUGAUUUUCGACAGAGUUAGUGUAUCAAGAAAUCCUGUGACAACGGAAAUAAAAGCGCAUUCACCUCAACCUAACCCAACAACAGUUACAAAAAGCAAUACCAAAGUGUUGAAUUCUAGAUCCAAAGAGGCCAUGGUGUUCCUCACUGCAAAACAGGUUCCCCCACUAACACAGAAAAGCAGAGCCAAAGUGAUACCAAAGAACGAACCAGUUAUUUCCCUCCCUGCAGUGCCUGUUCUAGAAUUGGACAGCAUAGACUUCAUCCAUCAAAAACCACUGAAAAUGAAUCUUACAAAAGAACUCUGUAGUGGUUGUACGAUAGACGGAGGUUUGGGGUACGCUAAUCACCCUAGUCGGUGUGACAGGUUUGUAGUUUGCUUCCCGGGAAAAGGUGGGAGCCUCGUGCCGAUAGAACAGGAGUGCCCUUAUGGUUUAUUCUGGAGCCAAAACGCAUUGACUUGUCGACUUCCAAAAGAUGCAACAUGCGCUUAUGAUAUAUGUCACGGAAGGAAAGACAAUUAUCAGUAUUCAAACGAAGAAAACUGCCAGUCCUUCUGGGAGUGUCGUGGGGGAUAUUCCGUCCCCCAGUGCUGUCCCACUGGUGAAGCAUUUAUGGAGGGCAAAGGAUGUGUGAAGAAUGGCGGAUUUUGCAGAAGUAGGUGUCCAGUCGGCGCAGGUGAAAUACAGCCGGUCAUUUGGCAAGGAAAUUCAAAAUGUGACAAACGUUCGGUUCCGGGGAAUCCGACCAAAUUUGAGCGGCAUGUUUACUUUCAAUCAAACCCGGGUGUGGUAGGACGGAUCCAGAAAGAGUGGAUGGCCCAAGAGUGUUCACCGGGUACAGAGUUUCAGCAAGAGGUCUGCGACUGUCGGGCUUCAGAAAAGUUUUCAGCUUUCGGUAAAAGAGUGUGCUCCCCGGAUGUGUACCUCCCCUUCACACACGACCUGAAAGAUAAAUCAUCUGCUAGAACUCAUGUCCGUGCUGACAACGUCACAAUAACAACCAGUGGUACAGCCUGCUUCAAUGGUCGGUCCGUAUUGGCGAUGCCAAGGUUUGCCAACAUGGAUCUCGGCUCAUUUCUCUACAUGAAGCUACGAUAUCGACACACAUUAUCGAAUCCAAAAAACGAAGUGCUCCUCUACAAUGGCGACUGCGAAAAGAGACCAUCAUUAAUUCUUGGCAGUACCAUGAACGGAAACUUUGCCUCUGUUUUAUCAACAACAGGUGAACAACACACAAUCCAUGUUAAAUCCCCGAUUUCUGCAACAGAGUGGAGGACAGUAUCGCUUUUAAUAGAUAACGGUCAUAUCCAAUUGACCUCCGAUUCGCAAACGACAGAAAAGAGCGCAUUUGGGGGUGUGGAGCGAGCACAGUGUGGAAUGAAAAUCGGUUGGGGAGAGGGUUACGAACAUUUUAAUGGCUGUAUCGAUGACUUUACCUUGUACCGAUGUAAACCAGAGCGACCACCUAUUCGCUAGGAUACGUGUGCGUGACGACCUCAAAGAAAUCCAUUCCCCAUACAUCUUCAGUGACAUAAAACUGGGGGGAAAAAAGAUCCUUGAUCAUUCAUGAUUUAAUGAUCUGAAAUUCAUUAUUUUACCACAUUCAUGAGCAAUACGUGACGUAGACACUACUACCAAUGUUUAUAUGCACGAGUUGCAUCCCCAUGCAUAGAAUAUAUUAUAAAGGGAUUCUGUUUACAUAUUGCAAUCUGUGAAUUAUUAAGUUGUUUAUUCCGUUUUAAUAGAUGUAUAUAUUAAUGUAACUGUUGCACAAAAUUGACAUGCAGUUUAUGGAUGUGUGAACAUGAUACAAAUGCGGGUAUAUCUUUAUUUUAAUCUAUUAGUGCAUGCAUUUUUCUUUAUUUAUUGCUGUAAAUAUUGUACUGAUAAACAGUAUUUAUUAAAUGUACAUAUGUAUUCAAGCGAGUAUGAUAUAAUA